AUGGAAUUCAUGAAAUUGGCGAUCGAGGAGGCGAAAAAAGGAGUCGAAUGUGGAGACGGAGGGCCGUUCGGAGCGGUGCUCGUGAAGGACGGAAAAGUGAUCGGAAAGGGGCACAACAUGGUGCUGGUGAACAAGGAUCCGACCGCCCAUGCAGAAGUCACGGCUAUCCGCAACACUUGCAAGAAUCUCGGUGAGCUCAACUCCUAGUUAGUUGGGAGUCGUUUGCCCGCGACAAGUCUAGUUUUAAAGUACGUUUUUGUGGGCACUAGGUAAUUUGAGUACAACCUGGACAACUGCAGUAUUGGCCACGAACAUAUAUGUAAUGGCUCUCUGAUGUUUGAUCGGUGUUGGCGGAUCCUGUGUUUACUAAAAAACCUUCUUUUUCCAGACACAUUCGAUCUGUCGGGCUGUCAACUGUACACUUCGUGCUACCCGUGUCCCAUGUGCAUGGGCGCCGCGCUCUGGUCCCGAGUCGACGCCAUCUACUACGGUGCCACGUCACAAGACGCCGCCGCCAUCGGGUUCGGCGACCACGAGUUCCACGCGUUCCUCCAGAAUCCGAAGAGCGACGAGAAGCGGAAGUUGGAGCAGUUCAAAGUGGGAAACUACCUGGAGCCGUUCCAGAUUUGGGCGAAGAAGGAGGACAAGAGCCAGUACUGA